CACCAUUCCGAACCUCCUCCUCCCCCAUGCCAGUCUCUCCUCCCCUCUCUCUCUCCUGGAUCCCCCUAGAGCUGAGUCAGGCAUUCGCCUUCCCUUUCACAGCAUUGCAGCACUCAGCCACUGAACAGCCACAUCCUGCACCCAGCUCAGCACCAUGGCCAGCACCGUGUCAGGUAGGACUGAGCCCCCCACCUGCUAACCCCAGUCAUCCCAGGGACCCCUGGAUCCCCAGCCGUUUAUAUCUUCCCUUUCAUAAAAUAUCUCAUACAGGUCAUGGGAUGAUUGGCUGCAAUCUAUUCAGAAUCCUUAGAUUUGAGCAUUUUUGACAGGAUGCUCAGGGGAGCCCUAGGGUGUGGUGGAUGAAGGGCAUAUGGCUGGGCAGCCCAAAGGAAUGGGCAUUUAAUGCGCAUUUCAUGGAGAUUGAAGCAUUUUUCCUGCAGAAACGCCCUCCAUGUAUCAGAGGUGGAUACAGGAGAAGUGGGAGCUGGAGGGAUGGGCUGGGGAAACAUGCAAUGUGUUACAAUGUAUCAUGUGUGUGCACAUACACAGGAACAGAUGUACAUGUGUGUGCACCUGUAUGGGGUGGAUUAAUGGAUAGACACAUACAUAGAUAUGAUUGUAAUUCAGAAUUAGGGGACUGGACCUAGUGAAUGAUUUGUGAGCCAUUUUGUUUAAUUUAGGCUUUUUGAUUUGGGGGGAUUCUAUAUACAUCCAUCCAUCCAUUAUGUAAAUAUUAAGCAAUUAUGCUCAUACAUAUUUCCUGUAGAAACAUGCAUAUUUAUUUGCACACUAUGUGUGCUUUUGCCAAUACAAUUCUUUCCCCCCAAUUCAUAUUAUAUAUAUAUAUAUAUAUAUAUAUAUAUAUAUAUUAAUUUUUUUUAUUAUUACUCCUCUAAAUACUGAGACACGUAUUCCAGAAUCCAUGAAACAGCUUGGGAAAGCCAUGACACCCCUUCUUUCCUCCCCCCAACCCCCAAUUCCAGCUUCACUGCGGGGUGAUCUGUCAGCUGCAUCGCUGGGACUACCCAUGUGGGAGUCACUGCAGGCAGCCACAUGUUGCACCCCCAUACUGCUAUCCACUGGCAAGGAUAGGGUUAACCCUCCAGGCAGUCACACACCCUUGGGGUAGCAUUGCACACAGUUGGGUGAUGGGUUUUUCUGACACAUUCUAUUCUUGCAGGGAUUUUAUUUUAUUUUUUUCACACUGUAAAUAUAAAUCUCAUCAGCCAGUGGGAUUCCAUAAUUCUAUUCAUGGAUUGGAAUCUCAGCAACUGAUACACAAUAGCAGGGAAUGCUGGUUUUGCAGACAUUUUGCAUCCGCAGGUCCUGGGAGGUUGCAUGCAUUUCAGUGUGUGGCAGGGUGAAGGGUGUGUGGGGAUCUGGAGCCGUGAAUGUAUUAGGGUGGAUUUCCAUAUCCCCAUCCCCUCUCCCUAUUGUGUCUCUCUGCCAUGCGUACUGAGCCUGGACACCCCACAGCAGCAGUGUGAGCAGUGGGUGUGGAUAGGAGAGAACACAAUGGGCAGGAGGUGGAAAGGGGGAGAUUGCCUAAAUUGAACGUAGUCCAGGCACGUUAUGAAAGGUUGCCUAUUCUCUGUUCACAUGGGAGCUGGUGUGAGCCAGAUAGAUGGGGACUUGGGAGAUCUAAGCACACAGGGCUGCUGUCAGGCUGCAACUCCUGUCACCCUUAGGCAGAGUAUGAUGGCUGAGGUUCCUAGAUACCUGUCAUGUACCGGUAUAUGGAGCUGCAGGGGUGGGCAAUGGGUGUCCACUUACAGUCUGAUAUGGCUCUGGGAUUGGCAAAGAAUUAGCAUUGUAUUAUGCCCUGCCUGGAGCCUUGCCAUAUUCACCAUUAGCUUCUAUGUAAAAAGGGGGGUCUAUAUUCUGGUUACAGCAAGGAUAUUGGAGGGAGGAGGAGUGCAUAGCAUAGUGCAGGUGGGUGUGGUAUGUAUAUACCUCUAUUGAGUCAUAAUAUACCAAAUACUGUAUACUACUGCAGCCAGGUGUUUAGUGUAUUCAUCUGUGGGGGUCACUAUAUAGCAGUCAGUUGUUCAGUCUUCUAGGCCUCUAUGGGGAUCACUAUAUAGCAGCCAGGUGUUCAGUCUUCUAGGCCUCUAUGGGGAUCACUAUAUAGCAGCCAGGUGUUCAGUCUUCUAGGCCUCUAUGGGGAUCAUUAUAUAGCAGCCAGGUGUUCAGUCUUCUAGGCCUCUAUGGGGAUCACUAUAUAGCAGCCAGGUGUUCAGUCUUCUAGGCCUCUAUGGGGGUCACUAUAUAGCAGGCAGGUAUUCAGUCUAUGCCUCUAUGGGGGUCACUAUAUAGCAGCCAGGUGUUCAGUCUUCUAGGCCUCUAUGGGGGUCACUAUAUAGCAGGCAGGUAUUCAGUCUUCUAGGCAGGUAUUAAGUAUAUGCCUCUAUGGGGGGUCACUUUAAAGCAGCUAAGUAUUCUGUCUAUGCCUCUAUGGGGGUCACUUUGUAGCAGCCAGGUGUUCCGUCUAUGCCUAUGUCCUUCAGUAUAUUCCUCUGUGGAGGUUAUACCAAAUCACUGCAGCCAGAUAAUCUGUCUGUGUAUACCUCUAUGGGGGUCUCAGUAUAGAAUUUUAGACAGAUAAUCUGUAAAUACCUUUAUGGGGGUGUCAGUAUAGAAUAUUGGCUAGAUAAUCUGUGUAUACCUUUAUGGGCGUCUCAGUAUAGAAUAUCAGUCAGAUAAUCUGUAUAUACCUUUAUGGGGGUCUCAGUAUAGAAUAUUAGCCAGAUAAUCUGUGUAUACCUUUAUGGGGGUCUCAGUAUAGAAUAUCAGCCAGAUAAUCUGUGUACACCUUUAUGGGGGUCUCAGUAUAGAAUAUCAGCCAGAUAAUCUGUUUACACCUUUAUUGGGGUCUCAUUAUAGAAUAUCAGCCAGAUAAUCUGUUUACACCUUUAUUGGGGUCUCAUUAUAGAAUAUCAGCCAGAUAAUCUGUGUAUACUUUUAUAGGGGUCUCAGUAUAGAAUAUCAGACAGAGAAUCUGUGUAUAUCUUUAUGGGGAAUAGAAAAAUCUCAGGCACUCACUGCGAAUUGUAUGCAGGCAGAUUUAUUGAAUAGUAUAGAAUAUCAGACAGAUAUAGAUUGAGUGAAAAAUAACUGUGUGCUUCUAAAAUGAUGCCAAAUAAAUCAGUUUGACAGCACCUGACACAAUUAAUUUAAAUCCCCCACACACAAACAUGUUGCACAUGGAGAUUAAUGCUAAACCGUCUGCUAGGUGGUAGUGCAGAAAUGGCCAGUGACACGGCACAGGGGGCUCGAUUAUAUCCAACAUGAAAGUUACUGCCAUCUUCUUGUUACUGGGCUCGAUGCACAGGAGCUUACACAUCUGUGACCAGCAGUGCAUCAUGUCUGGUGCUGGGUAAUUAAGGCUGAUAGCUGGCGCCAGUCUCUCCAGUCUCUCCAGUCCCCAGACACACAAUAGCUUAUUAGGAGAGGUUGUGUGGAAACGUCUUGGCUGUCCUUAGUGACAUGUCUGAGUUUUAGAGCACCAGGUGUCAGGGAUGGAUGCACAAAUGUCAGGACUUUUCAGCAGCUUCUUUGGUCCAUAUUAUUGGAAUAAUCACUGACUGGAUCCCUGAGACCAUUGUCACACAGGGCCAGUGCUGCCAGACACUGACUGGAUCCCUGAGACCAUCGUUACACAGGGCCAGUACUGUCAAAUACUGACUGGAUUUAUCAGAAUAUAUUCACACAGGACCGGUACUGUCAGACACUGACUGAAUCCAUCAGAACAUAUUCACACAGGACCAGUACUGUCAGACACUGACUGGAUCCCUGAGACCAUUGUCACACAGGACCAGUGCUGCCAGACACUGACUGGAUCUCUGAGACCAUCGUUACACAGGGCCAGUACUGUCAAAUACUGACUGGAUUUAUCAGAAUAUAUUCACACAGGACCGGUACUGUCAGGCACUGACUGAAUCCAUCAGAACAUAUUCACACAGGACCGGUACUGUCAGAUACUGACUGGAUCCAUCAGAACAUAUUCACACAGGACCGGUACAGUCAGACACUGACUGGAUCCAUCAGAACAUAUUCACACAGGACCGGUACUGUCAGACACUGACUGGAUCCAUCAGAACAUAUUCACACAGGACCGGUACUGUCAGACACUGACUGGAUCCAUCAGAACAUAUUCACACAGGACCAGUACUGUCAGACACUGACUGGAUCCAUCAGAACAUAUUCACACAGGACCAGUACUGUCAGACACUGACUGGAUCCAUCAGAACAUAUUCACACAGGACCAGUACUGUCGGACACUGACUGGAUCCAUCAGAACAUAUUCACACACGACCAGUACUUGCGGACACUGACUGGAUUCAUCAGAACACAGGACCAGUACUGUCAGAUACUGAGUGGAUCCAUCAGAACAUAUCCACACAGGACCAGUACUGUCAGACACUGACUGGAUCCAUCAGAACAUAUUCACACAGGACCAGUACUGUCAGACACUGACUGGAUUUAUCAGAACAUAUUCACACAAGACCAGUACUGUCAGACACUGACUGGAUCCAUCAGAACAUAUUCACACAGGACCAGUACUGUCAGACACUGACUGGAUUUAUCAGAACAUAGUCACCCAGGACCAGUACUGUCAGACACUGACUGAAUACAUCAGAACAUAUUCAUACAGGACCAGUACUGUCAGAUACUGACUGGAUCCAUCAGAACAUAUUCACACAGGACCAGUACUGUCAGACACUGACUGGAUCCAUCAGAACAUAUUCACACAGGACCGGUACUGUCAGACACUGACUGGAUCCAUCGGAACAUAUUCACACAGGACCGGUACUGUCAGACACUGACUGGAUCCAUCAAAACAUAUUCACACAGGACCAGUACUGUCAGAUACUGACUGGAUCCAUCAGAACAUAUUCACACAGGACCAGUACAGUCAGAUAAUGACUGGAUCCAUCAAUACAUAUUUACAAAGGACCAAUACUAUCAGACACUGACUGGAUCCAUCAGAACAUAUUCACACAGGGCAAGUACUGUCAGAUACUGACCGGAUCCAUCAGAACACAAUAACACAGGACCAGUACAGUCAGAUACUGACUGGAUCCAUCAGAACAUAUUCACACAGGACCAAUACUGUCAUAUACUGACCGGAUCCAUCAGAACAUAAUAAUACAGGACCAGUACAGUCAGAUACUGACCGGAUCCAUCAGAAGAUAUUCACACAGGACCAGUACUGUCAGAUACUGACUGGAUCCAUCAGAACAUAUUCACACAUGACCAAUACUAUCAGAUACUGACUGGAUCCAUCAGAACACAUUUACACAGGACCGGUACAGUCAGAUACUGACAGGAUGUAUAAGAACAUCUUCACACAAGACCAGUACUGUCAGAUAGUGACUGGAUCCAUAAGAACAUAUUCACACAGGACCAGUACAGUCAGAUAAUGACUGGAAUUGUCAGAACAUAUCCACACAGGACCAGUACUAUCAGAUACUGACUGGAUCCAUCAGAACAUAAUAAAACAGGACCAGUACAGUCAGAUAAUGACUGGAUCCAUCAGAACAUAUUCACACAGGACCGGUACAGCCAGAUAAUGACUGGAUUUAUCAGAACAUAUCCACACAGGGCCAGUAAUGUCAGAUACUGACUGGAUCCAUCAGAACAUAAUAACACAGGACCAGUACAGUCAGAUAAUGACUGGAUCCAUCAGAACAUAUUCACACAGGACCGGUACAGUCAGAUAAUGACUGGAUUUAUCAGAACAUAUCCACACAGGACCAGUACUAUCAGAUACUGACUGGAUCCAUCAGAACAUAUUCACACAGGACCAGUACAGUCAGAUACUGACUGGAUCCAUCAGAACAUAUUCACACAGAACCAAUUCUGUUAGAUACUGACUGGACACAUCAAAACUUCUUCACACAGGACCAGUACUGUCAGACACUGACUGGAUCCAUCAGAACAUAUUCACACAGGACCAGUACUGUCAAACACUGACUGGAUCCAUCAGAAUUCAGAACAUAUCCACACAGAAUCAAUACUGUCAGACACUGACUGGAUCCAUCCAAAUAUAUUCACACAGGACCUGUACUGUCAGAUCCUGACUGGAUCCAUCAGAACAUAGUCACACAGGGCCAGUACUGUCAAAUACUGACUGGAUCCAUCAGAACAUAUUCACACAGGGCCAGUACUGUCAGAUACUGACUGGAUCCAUCAGAACAUAUAUUCACACAGGACCAGUACAGUCAGAUACUGAGUGGAUCCAUCAGAACAUAUUCACACAGGACCAAUACUGUCAGAUACUGACUGGAUCCAUCAGAACAUAUUCACACAAGACCAGUACAGUCAGAUAAUGACUGGAUCCAUCAGAACAUAUUUAUAUAGGACCAGUGCAGUCAGAUACUGACUGGAUCCAUAGGAACAUCUUCACAUAGGAUUAGUACAGUCAGAUACUGACUGGAUCCCUAAGAGCAAAUUUACACAGGACCAGUACAGUCAGAUACUGACUGGAUCCAUCAGAACAUAUUCACACAGGGCAAGUACUGUCAGAUACUGACCGGAUCCAUCAGAACACAAUAACACAGGACCAGUACAGUCAGAUACUGACUUGAUCCAUUAGAACAUAUUCACACAGGACCAAUACUAUCAGCUACUGACUGGAUCCAUCAGAACAUAUUCACACAGGGCAAGAACUGUCAGAUACUGACCGGAUCCAUCAUAACAUAAUAACACAGGACCAGUACAGUCAGAUACUGACUGGAUCCAUUAAAACAUAUUCACACAGGACCAGUACAGUCACAUAAUGACUGGAUUUAUCAGAACAUAUCCACACAGGACCAGUACUGUCAGAUACUGACUGGAUCCAUUAAAACAUAUUCACACAGGACCAGUACAGUCAGAUAAUGACUGGAUCCAUCAGAACAUAUUCACACAAGACCAGUACUGUCAGAUACUGACUGAAUCCAUAAGAACAUCUUCACACAGGACCAGUACUGUCAGAUACUGACUGGAUCCAUCAGAACAUAUUCACACAAGACCAGUACUGUCAGAUACUGACUGGAUCCAUCAGAACAUAUUCACACAGGGCAAGUACAGUCAGAUACUGACUGGACCCAUCAGAACAUAUUCACACAGGACCAGUACUGUCAGAUACUGACUGGAUCCUUCAGAACUUCUUCACACAGGACCAGUACUGUCAGAUACUGACUGGAUCCUUCAGAACAUAUUCACACAGGACCAGUACUGUCAGAUACUGACUGGACCCAUCAGAACAUAUUCACACAGAACCAAUACUGUUAGAUACUGACUGGACACAUCAAAACCUCUUCACACAGGACCAGUACUGUCAGAUACUGACUGGAUCCGUUAGAACAAUCAUCUUCACAGGGACUAGUACUGUCAGAUGUUGACUGACCAACAGAACAUAUUCACACUGGAUCAAUGCUAGCAGCAUAUAUUCAUACAGGACCAGUACUGUUGUAUACUGAUUGGAUCAAACAAAACAUCAAUUAACAAAAGACCAGUACUGUCAAAUACUGCCUAGAUAAUUCAGAAAAUAUUCACACAGAACAAUUACAGUCAGGUACAUCUGGAUCCAUCAGAACAUGUCUACACAGGACCAGUACUCUAAGAUACUGACUGGAUCCAAUAAACUGUAUUCACACAGGACCAGUAUUGUCAAGGUCUGACUGGAUUGAUCAGAACAUGUUUACACAGUACUGACAUAUUUACACAGGACCAAUACUAUCACAUAAUGACUGUAUCCAUCAGAACAUAUUCACGCAGGACCAGUACAGUCGGAUACUGACUGGAUCCAUAAGAACAUCUUCACACAGGGCAAGUACUGUCAGAUACUGACUGGAUCCAUCAGAACAUAUUCACACAGGGCAAGUACUGUCAGAUACUGACCGGAUCCAUCAGAACAUAAUAACACAGGACCAGUGCAGUCAGAUACUGACCGGAUCCAUCAGAACAUAUUCACACAGGGCCAGUACUGUCAGAUACUGACUGGAUCCAUAAGAACAUAUUCACACAGGACCAGGACUUUCACAUACUGACUGGUUCCAUCAGAAGAUAUUCACACAGGACCAGUACUGUCAGAUACUGACUGGAUCCAUCAGAACAUAUUCACACAUGACCAAUACUAUCAGAUACUGACUGGAUCCAUCAGAACACAUUUACACAGGACCGGUACAGUCAGAUACUGACAGGAUGUAUAAGAACAUCUUCACACAAGACCAGUACUGUCAGAUAGUGACUGGAUCCAUAAGAACAUAUUCACACAGGACCAGUACAGUCAGAUAAUGACUGGAAUUGUCAGAACAUAUCCACACAGGACCAGUACUAUCAGAUACUGACUGGAUCCAUCAGAACAUAAUAAAACAGGACCAGUACAGUCAGAUAAUGACUGGAUCCAUCAGAACAUAUUCACACAGGACCGGUACAGCCAGAUAAUGACUGGAUUUAUCAGAACAUAUCCACACAGGGCCAGUAAUGUCAGAUACUGACUGGAUCCAUCAGAACAUAAUAACACAGGACCAGUACAGUCAGAUAAUGACUGGAUCCAUCAGAACAUAUUCACACAGGACCGGUACAGUCAGAUAAUGACUGGAUUUAUCAGAACAUAUCCACACAGGACCAGUACUAUCAGAUACUGACUGGAUCCAUCAGAACAUAUUCACACAGGACCAGUACAGUCAGAUACUGACUGGAUCCAUCAGAACAUAUUCACACAGAACCAAUUCUGUUAGACACUGACUGGAUCCAUCAGAACAUAUUCACACAGGACCAGUACUGUCAAACACUGACUGGAUCCAUCAGAAUUCAGAACAUAUCCACACAGAAUCAAUACUGUCAGACACUGACUGGAUCCAUCCAAAUAUAUUCACACAGGACCUGUACUGUCAGAUCCUGACUGGAUCCAUCAGAACAUAGUCACACAGGGCCAGUACUGUCAAAUACUGACUGGAUCCAUCAGAACAUAUUCACACAGGGCCAGUACUGUCAGAUACUGACUGGAUCCAUCAGAACAUAUAUUCACACAGGACCAGUACAGUCAGAUACUGAGUGGAUCCAUCAGAACAUAUUCACACAGGACCAAUACUGUCAGAUACUGACUGGAUCCAUCAGAACAUAUUCACACAAGACCAGUACAGUCAGAUAAUGACUGGAUCCAUCAGAACAUAUUUACAUAGGACCAGUGCAGUCAGAUACUGACUGGAUCCAUAGGAACAUCUUCACAUAGGAUUAGUACAGUCAGAUACUGACUGGAUCCCUAAGAGCAAAUUUACACAGGACCAGUACAGUCAGAUACUGACUGGAUCCAUCAGAACAUAUUCACACAGGGCAAGUACUGUCAGAUACUGACCGGAUCCAUCAGAACACAAUAACACAGGACCAGUACAGUCAGAUACUGACUUGAUCCAUUAGAACAUAUUCACACAGGACCAAUACUAUCAGCUACUGACUGGAUCCAUCAGAACAUAUUCACACAGGGCAAGAACUGUCAGAUACUGACCGGAUCCAUCAUAACAUAAUAACACAGGACCAGUACAGUCAGAUACUGACUGGAUCCAUUAAAACAUAUUCACACAGGACCAGUACAGUCACAUAAUGACUGGAUUUAUCAGAACAUAUCCACACAGGACCAGUACUGUCAGAUACUGACUGGAUCCAUUAAAACAUAUUCACACAGGACCAGUACAGUCAGAUAAUGACUGGAUCCAUCAGAACAUAUUCACACAAGACCAGUACUGUCAGAUACUGACUGAAUCCAUAAGAACAUCUUCACACAGGACCAGUACUGUCAGAUACUGACUGGAUCCAUCAGAACAUAUUCACACAAGACCAGUACUGUCAGAUACUGACUGGAUCCAUCAGAACAUAUUCACACAGGGCAAGUACAGUCAGAUACUGACUGGACCCAUCAGAACAUAUUCACACAGGACCAGUACUGUCAGAUACUGACUGGAUCCUUCAGAACUUCUUCACACAGGACCAGUACUGUCAGAUACUGACUGGAUCCUUCAGAACAUAUUCACACAGGACCAGUACUGUCAGAUACUGACUGGACCCAUCAGAACAUAUUCACACAGAACCAAUACUGUUAGAUACUGACUGGACACAUCAAAACCUCUUCACACAGGACCAGUACUGUCAGAUACUGACUGGAUCCGUUAGAACAAUCAUCUUCACAGGGACUAGUACUGUCAGAUGUUGACUGACCAACAGAACAUAUUCACACUGGAUCAAUGCUAGCAGCAUAUAUUCAUACAGGACCAGUACUGUUGUAUACUGAUUGGAUCAAACAAAACAUCAAUUAACAAAAGACCAGUACUGUCAAAUACUGCCUAGAUAAUUCAGAAAAUAUUCACACAGAACAAUUACAGUCAGGUACAUCUGGAUCCAUCAGAACAUGUCUACACAGGACCAGUACUCUAAGAUACUGACUGGAUCCAAUAAACUGUAUUCACACAGGACCAGUAUUGUCAAGGUCUGACUGGAUUGAUCAGAACAUGUUUACACAGUACUGACAUAUUUACACAGGACCAAUACUAUCACAUAAUGACUGUAUCCAUCAGAACAUAUUCACGCAGGACCAGUACAGUCGGAUACUGACUGGAUCCAUAAGAACAUCUUCACACAGGGCAAGUACUGUCAGAUACUGACUGGAUCCAUCAGAACAUAUUCACACAGGGCAAGUACUGUCAGAUACUGACCGGAUCCAUCAGAACAUAAUAACACAGGACCAGUGCAGUCAGAUACUGACCGGAUCCAUCAGAACAUAUUCACACAGGGCCAGUACUGUCAGAUACUGACUGGAUCCAUAAGAACAUAUUCACACAGGACCAGGACUUUCACAUACUGACUGGUUCCAUCAGAACAUAUUCACACAGGACCAGUACAGUUAGAUCCUGACUGGAUGUAUAAGAACAUCUUCACACAAGACCAGUACAGUCAGAUACUGACUGCAUCCAUCGGAACAUAUUCACACAGGGCAAGUACUGUCAGAUAAUGACUGGAUCCAUCAGAACAUAUUCACACAGGACCGGUACUGUCAGACACUGACUGGAUCCAUCAGAACAUCUUCACACAGGGCAAGUACUGUCAGAUACUGACUGGAUCCAUCAGAACAUAUUUACACAGGACCAGUUCAGUCAGAUACUGACUGGAUGCAUAAGAACAUCUUCACACAGGACCAGUACAGUCAUAUACUGACUGGAUCCAUCAGAACAUAUUCACAUAGAACCAAUACUGUUAGAUACCGACUGGAUACAUCAAAACUUCUUCACACAAAACCAGUACUGUCAGAUACUGACUGGAUCCUUCAGAACAUAUUCACACAGGACCAGUGCUGUCAGAUACUGUCUGGAUCCAUUAGUACAUAUAGUUACAAGACUACUGUCAGAUACUGACCGGAUCAAUCAGAACAUCUUCACAGAGGGAUAGUACUGUCAGAUAUUGACUGGACCAACAGAACAUAUUCACACUGGAUCAAUGCUAGCAGCAUAUAUUCAUACAGGACCAGUACUGUCGGAUACCGAUUGGAUCAAACAAAACAUCAAUUAACAAAAGAUCAGUACUGUCAAAUACUGCCUAGAUAAUUCAGAAAAUAUUUACACAGAACAAUUACAGUCAGGUACAUCUGGAUCCAUCAGAACAUGUGUACACAGGACCAGUACUCUAAGAUACUGACUGGAUCCAAUAAACUGUAUUCACACAGGACCAGUAUUGUCAAGGUCUGACUGGAUUGAUCAGAACAUGUUUACACAGGACCAAUACUAUCAGAUAAUGACUGGAUCCAUUAGAACAUAUACUUACAUGACCAGUACUGUCAGAUACUGAGAGGAACCAAAAAAACUGUAUUUACACUGGACCAGUACUGUUGUAUACUGACCGGAUUGAUCAGAGCAUAUUCACACGGGACCAGUACUGUAAGAUACUGAAUGGACCCAACAAAACAUUUUCACACAGGACCAGAACUGUCAUAUACUGACUGGAUGCAUCAGAACAUGUUCACACAUGAUCAAUACUGCCAGAUAUUGACUUCAUCCAUCAGAACAUCUUCAUAUAGGAUCAAUACUGUCCGAUAGUGAUUGGACCCAACAGACCAUAAUUACACAGGACCAGUACUGUGAGAUACUUACUGGGCCCACCAGAACAUCUUCACACAUACCAGUACUGUCAGUUACUUACUGGACCCAUCAGAACAUCUUCCUACAUAACCAGUACUGUGAGAUUCUUACUGGACCCAUCAGAACAUCUUCCCACAGAACCAGUACUGUCAGGUACUGACUGGAUUGAUCAGAGCAUAUUCAUAAAAGACUAGUACUUUAAGAUACUGACAGGAUCCAACAGAACAUAUUCACACAGGAUCGACACUGUCAGAUACUGUCUGUCAAAUGAAAGCUUUGAAGUGUAUUGUCAGGGGGCGACGUAGCCCCUUAAAAAUCCAAAGAAUGCAAUGUAUGCAAAUACAGAAAGUGAACUUUUCAAUUGGUUAAGUGUUAGGUGUUUUAGUAUAGUAAACAUUUAAUUGGUUAGGUGCUAAGUGCCCAAUCUUGAUGGACUUCCUCCAGAGGGUGUUGAUGUUAUCGUCAUCUUAGGUGUAACUCCGGAUGGAGGCGCCAUCUUACUACACGAGGGUCUUGGUCGAUGGGAGGGAGUGCUCUAGCAGCCAUUUUGAGCAAUAAAUGAACACAGGUAUACAUAGAAAAUAGACAUUUUACACACAUUAAUUUCUAUCCAUCACACUGUCAGGUACUAACUGGAUCCAUCAGAACAUAUUCACACAGAACCAGUACUGUCAGGUACUGACUGAAUCAAUUAGAACUUUGUCCCACUGGAUCAGUAUUGUUAGAUACUGAAUGGAUCCAACACAGGUCCAAUAUUGUCAGAUUCUGACUGGAUUUAACAGAACAUCUUCAUCAGCACCAGUACUGUCAUAUACUGACUGGAUCCUUCAGACUUUAUUCACACAGGAUCAGUACUGUUAGAUAUUAACUGGAUUUGACAGAACUUCUUCACAUAGGAUUAAUACUGUCACAUUCUGACUGGGUCCAACAGAAAAUCUCCUCUACAAUCAGAUACUGACUGGACUAAUCCUUUUUUAUUUGUCUAAAUUUUCUUUAAAUGUUUUUUUAAAGAUUUGGCAAUUGACAUCAAAAUCCAGGGCAUGCAUAGCAUUGAACGAGGAGCGACGGAAACUUUGUUUCUCUUCCUCUCUCUGUUGUGAUAAAUUCAUGAGGCUAAAUUUAUAUACUGUAAAAUAUCAUAAAUUAAAUCUUGUAGAUGACCAGGAAUACCAUGUGAAUUGAAAAUCCUGUUUCACUGUUUUAUUGGCACUAAACGUUUUAGAAAAUUAAUGCACCCUUCACCAGAGAUCUGGCCAUACGUCUGACUACAUUUUAUGAUAGGGGAAAUAUCAGAUACGACCAGGUCUGUCAAACCGUCAACCGUCAAAGAAAGCUGACAUAAUCCACAACCUUCGAUGAAGAUUCACCAGCAGUUUGGCAAACGUUUCGGAAUCAAUUUUAUUUGAAAGAUAUACCAUUUGCCCCGAGAUAAAUUGUCUAGGUAUCCAGAGAUGAUUAGACCUGGUUCCAGCGAGAUCAGCUGCAAUAUAUCAUAUUGUAUUUUUUUUUUCCUGGGUUUGGGAUGCCUUUAUUUCCUAUUAUAAAACUAUUCACACCCUGCCCCUUCUCGGUAGGACAGGAGUAGAAACCUGAGAUCAUCUAAAUGUGUAUGUUAUAUCGAACAAUCCCUAGAAAUUAUAUGUCAAUCUGAGGGUGCGCAGGAUUAUCACUUCAUUCACCAAAAUCUGUCUUGAGACAUAACUACUUUAGCAGGGUUAAUUUGUUUGUAAUAUAAUUCUUUUUUAUUUUUCAUGUGUUCACUGCGACUAUUCUUGUUCAUUAUAAACAUUCCUUUAUUAAAUUGUGCCUUUCAAUAAUUCUACAGAAGAGACAGCUAAAAUAGUAUUUUGUUAUAAUAUAGCUUUUUACCAAACCGCGUUUUCUGUCUAAUCUGGGCAGGGUAAUAAUAUAGGACUAACAUUUUUAAAUUGCCCUUGAGGCGGCAGUUUUUUUCAGAACAUGUAUGGAUCAUAUUAACAGGGAUAUUUUAAUGUUUCUUUUGGGUUUGAUGCAUAUGAAAAGAGAUUUUUGUAUUUUUUUUAAUCCUUGCAUUUACAUGACCAAAGCACAGUGCGCCUGGAGCGUCCUUGUUCGUAUAAUCUGUAUGCUGACUGACAGGUGCCAAGGGCAGCGUUUAUAACAAUGAUUGACAGGGAGCCAAGAUGGAGACACUCAGUCCCGCGAUAGAGCUAAAUACAGCAGGAUUGAUUUAUAUAUUUCAUUUUAUUUUGCAGAUGUCACAAAAACCACAUGUGUUACAUAUAGAGGUUAAGGACACAUAAUAUUAAAAAUCAUGAGAAGUGGUAGUUCCUGGUUAUGGUGCUUGACAUUUUCCUUUAAAGAAUAUUCCUUUUCAUCGUAGGAAAAACAGCAUGUCGCUAAUUUUACUACAACUCUGCAUCUGGUAUAAUUGCAGAGUUAACACUUUUUUUGAAAAUCUUGUUUAUCUGUUAUGUUAAUCUUUUCCACUUGCAGCCUACAAGGAUAAAAUGAAGGAACUCUCCGUGCUCUCCUUGAUCUGCUCCUGCUUUUAUUCCCAGCCGCAUCCUAACACCAUCUAUCAAUAUGAAGGUCAGUGAAUGCAUUUGUCACAAGUUCAUUUCUCUUUUCACAAAGGAAUACGCCAUGCAACCAAAAUUAGUCUUACUGAGAUAUUGGGGAAGAGAUUGCACAAUAAAAUGGAAGUGCCAUCUUCGCUAUCCAAACUUCAAUUAUACAAAAAGUUUUAUAGUUUGCAAGAAAUUGUUAAUUUGUGAAUAUUAUAUCUCUGCAAAACUCUGCUUUGGUCCUUAAUGUAAUAUUAACAAAUAAUCAGCUAACAUGUACCCUUCAUCUUUCCAGCCUUGUGUUUAAGAGCUUUUCUGGGAAACUCCCACCCUACCUGAACAAAAUGCUCUCCUCAGCUGUUCCCACCUCCUAUAACCUCCGAUCCAGUCCCAGCACUUUAUUUAGUCUACCUCAAUACAAAAAGAAAGUGGCCCGAUCCUCCUUCUCCUACAGAGCGCCGCAAUUGCGGAACGACCUCCCGCACACUUUAAAAUCUUCCUCUAGCCUAAAGUCCUUUAAGAGAUCCCUCUCUACAUACCUCAAAAUAGAAUGCACCUGUCAUGGUUGAUUAUAUAUUUCCUACCUGUUCUAUGUUAAAUUUUGUAUAUAUUAUGUAUUUAAUAUUGUUUUUGUAUUUUAUUGUACCAUAAUGUAACAAUGCAAUGUUUUGUGGACCCACAAAAAUAUUUUAUGAAUAAAUAAAUGUAAGGGCUGAAAUAAAUUAACAUGGAGAAUAUAAUGCAUGUCAAGCUAAGAUGGCUGACUCUGCAAGCUGAAUUUUUUGGAAACUUGAGAGCCUAAUUUAUUCAUUUAAAUAAAUGGAGAGUGAGUUAAAUAGCCAACAAAAGUUUUUAAAAAGACACUCCAAGCAUCACAAUCACAUUUUAUGUUGUGACUUUGGUGCAUAGAUGCCUUUCGUCUGGGUGUGUAAAACAUUGUCGUUUCAGAGGAAUAGCAAUGUUUACAUUUUUCUGCAAAACAUGCCUCUGGUACUUGUCAAACAGAAAGUCACUAUAGGUAUUUUCAGAGGUUGUUGUCAUCAGACAUCAACACUGCUAUUUGUUCUCAUGGAGAAGUACUGGAUUCAGUGCUUCCCUGUGAGAAGUAUUGGAUUGGCAUAGUGCAGCAACUGCUGCGCAUGUGCCCUUUUUCCCCAGUUCUUCUCUACUGUAGCAGCUAACUAGACAAACAUAAUCCAAACUGAUGACUUCAUUGGAGGAGCAGCUGCAGGAAGGAGUCUGUCCUGCCAAUGGUUACAGGCAAGCUUUUUAUAAUUUUAUUUUGUAAUAUAUAUAGGGUGGCCCCAGUAUUCUAAACUAAUAAAGGAACCCUCUGUUAACAGUAGAUAUAGAUAUAUAUAUAUAUAUAUAUAUUUAUUUAUUUUUUUUAACGUUAGCAUGCACCUUAAAAUGACUCUCUAUAUAAGUUAUGACAGUCCCUAGCCUUAUAGACGAUUUGAAUAGGUCAGCAUCUUUUUUUCCUGUAACUUGAGAUUUGAAAUUUACCUGGAAACAAGACGGAUUGUUAGAGAUAUAACAGGAUAGUCCUUACUUAACAAAAUGAAUUGGAAUAUAUAUUCAAGUAAAAAUAUUGUCUUUAAUUGGUUUUCUAUUCCUUUAAAAACUGACUUUCUUUACAGACAUGGAGGUGAAGCAGUUAAAUAAAAGGGCGUCUGGCCAGAGCUUUGAGGUCAUCUUGAAGUCUCCCUCCGACUUGUCACCAGAGAGCCCUCCAGUUGCCGUGUCCCCCAGAAAGAGGGACAUUUCUCUAGAGGAGCUGCAGAAAAGGCUUGAGGCUGCAGAAGAGAGGCGGAAAGUAAGUUUUGGUAAAAUGCAAAUACCAGGAUUAACGGCGACUAAAAGAGUUAAUCGCUAGAGUGAGGAUUGUUGGGAAUUCAAAAGUGAAUUCUAAAAUUAAGGCCAAACCAAUAUUAGCUAUAUUAGUCUAAAUUUUAAAUUUCACUUUGAAUUCACAGCAGUUCUCACAUUUCUAAAUAACCCUGUAUGGGGAGAUGACAUUGGUUUUGGCUGCUUUGUAUAGGUAUAACAGUUUGUUUCCACCAGAUAAAUAGAAGAGGCUUAUUUCUAAUAGACAGGCAAGUUUCUUUGAGCUGAGGGACUUUUUAGCUUAUAUUGGUCAAAUUAUAAAGAUUCUAUUACUCAGUUUUUUUCCAAUUCUGCAGUUAUGACUGAAUAUGUGGAAUUUCCUUGUCAGUUUAAUAAAGAUUUGAAACGAGCAAAGUUAUCAUUAAACACCUGCCUAGAAAUGUAAAAAUUAAAGGGACAGUUUAGGUGGUACUUAGCUGAUGUAGUGAUUACGGUGCUAUUAGGCUGUUAUCUAGAUCCCUUUUUUCUUUGUCAAGUUGGUUUCAAAUGGUUUGACCAAAAUCGAGGUUUCUUAAGACACCACUAAUGCAGCACCCUGUGUGACCAUUGCUAAUACGUUACUUACACUUCCAGAUUAGCAAUAUCAAUUUCAUGCAUUUAUUUAUUUUAAAAACAUUUUUUAUUUAUAUCUCACUCCACUCAUGAGUAUGACAACAUGAGCAUAGCACAUUGAACAUAGAAAUAACAUUCAAACAUCGUGUUUGGAGAGCAUCCAAGUCAAAAUAAUGAAUUGAAACCCAGAAGGUCAAAAAAUAAAACUAAAAUUAGCAACAGAAAAGUAAAUGGAAAAAUUGUAAUGACAUAUUGGGUAUCACAAGAAAAGCAACAGAGGCCUCAGAUUGCCUUUCAAACUUGGUGAGGUACACUGCUGCUGCCUGAGGACAGCGUACAAGGUACCAGUCAGGUGACCGCCAAAAUGGAUGAGUGUCCCGGGGAAGACGGAGGUGUAUUAAUGCAUAUUUUAACACCAUUCAUUGGCUGAGCUUGUCAGCUGACGUACAUAGCAGCUACACUGCUCCUUUGAGUUCCAGUAAAAUAGCUUUACAUAAUUUGUUUUGCUUUCCAGAGUUAAUCAGUUAUUGUUACUACUGAUUGAAAUUAAGGCCUUGGACACAGAGGAACAACGGAUUCCUUUACGAUGACUGAUGGACAUAAUGAGGGCCUCAUUGUAAACAUCUGUUCCUUAACAGUAGCAACACUUGUUUCUUCUCCCCAAGCUCUUUUGUUGAAACAAUUGUACCUGACCAUUAACACUCCCAAGGUCUCCUUCUCCAAUUUCACAUUACUGCAGUGCACUUAUAACAUUUCCUUGUACUCUGUGUCAGGAGAGAUAGCUCAGUGGAUAGAACUCCAUCUGCGGUGUCUGAAAGUCAACAAUUUUAUUAAUCUUUUAGAUUAAAUUUCAACAGUCAAAGGUCCAUGAAACAAAUACUAUCAUUUAGACCACAGUGCUUGGAAAUGGACAAGGUCAUGCAUGUAGUUUUCCUAGUUAAAUGCUUAGAUAUUAUUAUAUCAGCUAGGUUGCCAAGAACAUUUUGAAAAGUCCGUGUCUGAUGUCACCCACUCCUCUUGAAGCUAAAUAUCCAUGUUGUUUUAUACAUUCUACUUAUGUUAAUUAAGACUUUUAAUUCAUAUUAACUAACUCUAGUAGAAUUUUAACUUAAAGGCAUUAGUGUUGUGAUUUAAUUAAAUGUAUUUAGUUAUAAAAUAUAUAUUUUAUAUAUAUAUUAAGGUGCAACCUGGAGUUGUUGAAGGGGUUACCUGACUAUUUGGCCUCAGGCUGCCUCCUCUGCACCACUGCAGUUCAGAUUGUCCCACCCACCUCUGCCUUUUAUUAUUUUUUUCAAUCAUUUCCUUGGUGGGCCUUCUUUAUUCACAGGUCAACCAGACCGCUGGUUUCGCAAAGCACAACGACCUUUUCACCUAAAGUCUUGGCCUUUGUGUCCGACUACAGAUAUUUACUUAUCAUAGUUAAAUAAUGACAUUUUACAAAUUAUAUUAAAAAAUAAAAUAAUAUACACACAAUCUUUGUGGUGGAAAGAUUCUAUUUUCCUUGGACAGGUUUGCAGCAUUUGAUGGAAUCUUCAGUCUGCUCGUGAGAUAUUUAUCUCACACAGGAGGCUGUGGGCAGGCAAGCUGCCAGCAUUAACAGGAAAUUACGUUUUUUUUUAUCUCUGAGCGGAGAGAUAAGAAAGUCUUCUCACCUUUUCCCUGCAAGUCCUAAAGUAAAAAGGUCCACUGUUUCUGAAAUGCAAGAUCCAUGCAAGGUUCCAAAUAACCACCUCUUUUCAGAAAAUGUGUAGGGAAGCUAUAAUCAGGGGAGGUCGUGCUAGGUCUGCAGAUAUAAAUUUUACUAUUUAUUAAGAUGGUGUGGUUUUGGUGCCUAGAGUGACCCUUUAACAUUUGCUACAAAAUUUAUUUUUCUCUAGGAAGAUCUAAGCAGGCUUUAUUUCUGUACAAAGCACCACGUUUGGGAUAAAGUUUAAACAGAUUUUUCAACUUCUAAUCUUAUUGAUAAAUUAUUAUCCAACCAUAUGCCAAGAUAUCUUUAGGAACUCACCUUAGUCAGAUUACAAUAAGACUUUGUCAUAAUGCUUAAUUCGGGAUUAGGUAGUAUAAGCAAUUUGGGAUUUGUUUCGAAUACCAUUGCAACUGUUUUUCUAGUAUUUAAGGAAAGCUUAUUUUUAGCAAUCCUCAUUUCAACCUCUGAGUUAGAAUAAAUUUUAAAUUAUCUAUUAAUAAUUAGUAUCAUACUAUCCAAAUGAGUAUAAGCAUGUUUUCUAACUGUUUGUUGUUGUUCUUUAAUUUAAUUUAGUUUAAAUGGACACUAUAGUCACCAGAAUCACUACAGCUUAAAAGGACACUAUAGUCACCAAGACGUUAGCUUAAUGAAGCAGUGUUGGUGUAUAGAUCAUGUCCCUGUAGUUUCACUGCUCAAUUCACUUUUAUGAACAGCCUGCAUGAAAACAAAAUGAUUAAUUUUCAAUCAGAUAUUACUUAUUUUAUCUCCUGCUCUGUAAAUUGAACUGUAAUUACAUACAGGAGGCUCCUGCAGGGUCUAGCAAGCUAUUAUCACAGAAUGAGAUAAGAAAUUCUAAAUUAAACAUAAUUUGCAAUAAAGGAAGUGUAAACAUUAGAUGACUCUUUACAGGAAGUGUUUAGGAAGGCUGUGUAAGUCACAUGCAGCGAGGUGUGACUAGGGCUGUAUAAACAAAGUUAUUUAAUUCCUAAAUGGUAGAGAAUUGAGCAGUGACAUUGCAGAGGCAUUAUCUAUACACUAAAACUGCUUCAUUGAGCCAAAGUUGUUUUGGUGACUACAGUGUCCCUUUAAUAUAGUGAUGUUGUGCCAUAUAGCCUGCCUAAGUCCACCUUUAGUGGCUGUCACUUGGACAGCCACUGGAGGGACUUCAUGGAGAAGUCCUGAAAUCUUGGCAAUGACCUGCAUGAAGAUGCUAAACGCUUUCCAUAGAGAUGCACUGAAUCAAUGCAUCACAAUGAGCAGAUGCUGAUUGGUGCCAUGCAGCGAAUUGCUGCACAUGUACACUAGCCUUUCAGUGCUUCUCUAUGGGGAAGCAUUGGAUUGGCUGAGAUCAUCAAGAUCGAUCUCAGCCAAGGAGGCGAGAAGAGAUAGAACAGCAUGGCGAGGGAAGAAAGGUAAGAAAAUGUGUGAAUAGUGAAUAAGACACUAUAGCGUUAGGAACACGUUUGUGUUCCUUAAAUUUUAUUUCAUUUUCAGGAAACAUAGCUGUGGUUAACAGUAAAUUAAUCGUACAUGUGGGGAUAACUGUGAAAACUGUGUUUAUUAAGGCACUAAUAUUUGCUAAUGUAGUAUAUUCAUGAUUAAUUUUUUAAGAAAUAAAUAAAAGUUCCCACAUGUAGGCUAUAGAACCUAAAUAUUUAUAUUAUACUUUCCAGUCCCAGGAGGCGCAAGUGCUGAAACAGUUGGCCGAGAAGCGAGAGCACGAGAGGGACGUCCUACACAAAGCGAUAGAAGACAACAAUAACUUCAGCCGGAUGGCGGAGGAAAAACUAAACUACAAAAUGGAGUUGAGCAGGGAGAUUCGUGAUGCACACCUGGCCGCAUUGAGGGAGCGUCUCCGUGAGAAGGUAACUGUUCUCUUCCUGGGCUAAAUUCCAUACAAGGCAACUGGGCACAAGGCAUCAGUACCACCUAUUUCAUAUCAUGUAAUAUAUUUUAUAAAAACAAUGGGAAAAUAUGGAAAAUGGGAUCUAAAAAAGGUCCUUCUUGUCUCACACACAUGUAAGACCCUCACUCUGGCUGAAUCUACACAGAAAUAUCCAAAACUACACUUUAGAACCAAUCGGUGUCUCCUAAACACCUAAGUUAACUUGAAUAGUGUAUCAUGGGGAUUAGAGAACAGUUCUUUAACUCUUCAACUGCCAGAGUGGCCUAUGAGAUCUAGAGCACAACAGCAGAUCGAAUUAUGUUGUUUCUUAAAGGGCUACUUGCAAUACUUUUUAAAUAAAUUUAUUUUUAAAUUUACAAUGCAUAUUGGGCAUUAGUAAUAUAUUAACAUGUAAAAUAAGAAUAUACUUACCUGGAAUCCAGCAUCGGGUGAAGCUUUCCACACCCUGUCUGACGUUUCUGCCUCCCUUAUGAGAUCCAGUCCAAUGCUUCUCAUAGAUGUGAGUCAAGGAAGGGGAGGGAGGUAUGGAGUCGGGUGAGGAUGGACAAAGGAGGGAGGGAAUAAAAAAACAAAACGGAGCAUUUUUUAAAAAUGGAGGGAGGAGGAAACGGCUGGGAGUUAUCACAGCAGCAACAGAGGGGAGAUCGAGACGUCCCCUUACAGGUGAGCUCUGAUGACAGAAUACUGGGCUGCCUAAGCCAUGUGUGCCAGGGGUGCAACUAGCCACCAGGACAAAACUGCAAAAAUCUUUUUGUGUGCUGCAUUUCAAGCAGAAACAGUGCACAUACAGAUUUCUACAAACAUGACUGACUGUAAAAGCAGAAGUGGUCAUGGUAUAUAGAUUAAUCCUUUAACAGUUAAAAUUGCCCUAGCCUCAAGGAAAACAUUUGUGAAGACUGACUUGAGUUUUGUGAGCUUUCUAAUCUUAAGAUAUUUUCAUUCCAUAUGUCCAUUGUUAUUGCUAUCAGUCUAUCUGAUAACCUAUUGCUAUAUUUACAGGAACUUCACGCAGCGGAAGUUCGCAGGAACAAAGAGCAGAGAGAAGAGAUGUCUGGAUAAAAGCCAACAUCACACACGCUUCCACGUCAAUUCCCUAAAUCAGCAAAUUAUUUUAUUUAAAGUUCAUUCAUCAUUCACUCCAUGUCACCAAACCUUUGUCUUUCCCCCAUGGCUCCUUUAAUCUCACCUUCAUGACAUAACCAACCUGGGGGGUUGUUUAAAAUCCGUAGGAUAUUAUAUAUGUAUCGCACGCCUAGAAAAAAAUAUCUUCAAGAGAAGUGAGCCCCUUCCAUAUUUUAUUAUGAAAAACCAUAUAAAUCCAGAUGACCCUGUGAGUCCCUUGUCGCUCGUUGGAAAAAAGAAAUAGAUAUUUUGCACUAAGGAAGUUAUGGAUCAGUAAAGAUUGGCAGGUGGACGCCUCUGAAGACCUUAGUGAGAUCAAUUCGGUCUGUUUAAUGUCCUAUGGAUUAGUUUAGCAUAUUUUAUAAUGAAACAAUGCAACAGCGUGCAAUUUCUUUUAGCUUGUGUUGUAUUUCAAACAAAAAUUGAAUCUGGUUAUUUUGGUGGUAAUAUAUCUUUAGUUUUGGUUAUGUAAGGAUAAAACUCUUGAGUAUUCGAUGAAAAAAAAAACAAAAAAAAAAGGGAAAACAUAAUUUAAUGGCUACAUUAAAACGGAAGGAUGUCAGAUGGAUUGGGGAGAAAAAUGAAGGUAAAAUAAAACAGGGGAAAUAACAUUUCUCAGAUUUAACUCUGCGAUUAAGAUGAGAAAUUAAAUUUGGCCUUUACAAAUCUAUCUUAUGAAUUGCUUCCAUACUAGGGAGAUGUCAAGGAUAUGCAAGUCCUUUUAAAGUUUAAGUUUUUUUUACCAAUGAAUUGUACCAAGAAAUUGUCUAACCAGGCUCAUGUGAGACUCAUGCCCGGCAAGUAGAAAUGCACACCUGGUGAGUGUAAUAUGGACCACCCAGGCUUGCAGUGGCAAGUAACUUUUAAAGUCUGGCUACUGGUGUAGGCUGCUGGCACUAUAUAUAGAGAGAUUGAGAUUUGGAUUGUCUAUUGAUUGGUGCAAAAUGUUUGCGGUGACAAUGAUGCUCUGUGGGUCACACUCACAAGAGUGUGCUUGAGUAGACUCAUUAGGCUUAUAUGUAUCAAAGAGAAAAAAAUAAUAAAUGAGAGAAAGAAAACAGAAUUAUAUCUCUAGAUAAAAUAUUGUUUCUUCAUUAUAUCAGAUCAUUCUCUCUUCAUGUGAUGUGUAUGGUCCAUCAAGCCUUUACUUUGAUGUGUUUGAAAUGAUAAAUAGUGUAUGUUGAUACAGAAUAUUAUAGAGGUCCCUCGUGUUUGGAAGCCUAAGGUGGGAGGUUGCUUGGAGGCCAAGUUUGAUUUCUUCUGGAGGUAGCUUGAAGGCAGCAGUUUAUGAAACAUAGCACUAGUGGUGGACUUGCUUGACUAUAGACUUCCUAACUGUCUCUACAAUGUUUCUCAGGAGUGACUACAGAGGCCUGUUAAUUGGAUGUAUAGUUUAGUUCUCCAGUAUCUAUCUCUAAAUUUAGUCUUCUAUUGUCUCUUAUGGUUCUAGCAUUUACUAUUAUCCAAUACAUUUCUCUAAGUAUCAUACCAAUCUUGGGGUCUUGAGUCUCUUGUCAGAAUGAAGAUAUACCUCGAAGAGACUUUGUAGUAUGUCAGGUUUGGCUCAAUUUUACUGUUAGAAUAACUGUUGGUGAUGAACAGUGAUUGACACCAGUUCGACUUUCUGGGCAUACACAGGCACACAUAUAGCUUACACAUAAAGAAAUCUGGGUCACGAUCAUUUGGAAGGUUUCAAAAGUAUUUGGACAGACUACAAGAUCCAGAAGAAAGACUGAAAGUCAAAAACAUAUAGGAAAUGUAAGUACGUGAGAGUGGUGGAUCUGGGCAUUUGGAACAGGAAUAAUAUUUGUUAAAUGGUCUUACUGUUUCUUGCCUAAUCACUACUGAGAACCUUUAGAAGCUAGAGAAGAGCCUGAAUUUGUUACCCCCCUAAAAAAUGUCAACAAGAUAUUGAUAUGUCAAACAUAUUGCUACACGGGAGGGGGUAGAGGGGUUCAGUCUUUUGCUGUUUUGUUUCCUUCUACUUAUCAUGGUACACAUUUGUAAUGAAAGCAUGAAAAUAGGCCUUUCCCUCAUUCCCAGCUGGACAGGUUGGUGGGGAUGUCAAGCUUUAAGGAAAGCUAGCAAGUGGCAGAAAUUUCAAGCCAGUAACCCAGAUUGUUGGUGUAACCAUUAACCAUUUAAGGUUGGAUGUUUUAAUUAUCUGAAAGUACGUGGGCACAAUGAAGGUAUUAUUGUCCUUUCCUCCUUUUAAUGUUUUAAAUAUUGGGUCAGUGUAAUUUGUAUUGCUAUCAGACCCCUGAAUGCUCUCUGUAUCUUCCUGUACUAAAUCCUGUUGUCUGGUAUGGUUCAUAGCUUCUCAUUAAAGUGCAUUAUCUCGAGUCAUUCCUACAGGCAUGGUGUGAUAUGUGUCUCAUUGCACAAUUAUGUAAGUUUGGGGGGACAAACCUGCAUAGAUAAAAUACAUAUAUUGACAUCUGGUACAAGAAAUCCAGAGAUUACAACCAAAAGGGUCACUUACAGAGCAACAUUUUACAAUAAAUAAACAAACCAACUUGGUGAUUUUUAGGGUUUGCGAGUUAAGGAUUUUAAAAUUAGAGGUUAGCUAUAAG